UAAUCCGUUUAUGGAAAUUUGAAAACGCGCCAUCACUAAAACGGAAAAUUUCGAAACGCGCCAAGUUUCAAAAUCACGAAGAAUAAACCCUAGUUUCCUUCCCCAAACAAACAAAUGCAUGAGUCUGUCCUCGGAUAACAAAUUCUUCAAUUUCUCUUCCUCAAUUUUUCAUUUGUAGACAAACCCCAUUUCUUAAAGUUUCAAUUUCGUCAUUCAUUCAGUGCUCUCGCUCUCCAGCAUUCGCACCGAGAGCUCCGUGCCAGGCUCCAGCUCUGAAUUGGCAUCACAAGUUCACUCUUUCAAUGAGUUAAAAGAAAGUGUAGAAGCAGCAAGCUGGAGGAUAGGAUGGCUAAGUACUAUGAUAUUGAUGAUAUUAUCGUCGAGGAAGAGACUGUGUCAGUUAUAUUUCAGAAGGCUGCAUCUGGAGUGGGAAUAGAUCCCAGUUCUUCAAUUUUUAUUGAAACAGGUUCCAAAGUUGAACUGCCUUUUUGGCUUGCUCAUGAGUUACAGUUGAGACAAGCAGUAUCAGUCAAUGUUCCUCCUUGUUUCAAUCAAAAGACAAGGCAGGAACUCCAUGCUGAUUCUGCAGGUGUGGAUCUGAGGUCCAGAUGUCCAUUUUUCUAUGAAUUUGGUUGCAAGAUAGCACCCAUAGUUGGCGACCGAACCAUUGGGUUUCUGUUGUUGUCUGCAUUUAAGAGUAGGUACAAGGAAAUUCUCACCAAGGCACAUUCUGUAGCAUUUGCAGCUGGUUCCAAAUUUUGGACUAUACUGACAAAAGAAGAGAUAUACUUGUAUGAGACAGCUCAAUCCGCAAUGGCAUCCUUCAAGAAGUGGCGAAUGGGGGGGCCCAGAUUUCAGAUAGCUUCUGUACUGGGAAGAAAGAGAAAAUCUAAGGAAUAGUUGCUUUAACUUUAUUAGACAUCUGUUUUUGUCAAUGUUUUGGACCUGCUAAUUACAAGAUGUUUUGAAUAAUGGAUAAACAAUGCUAAAUUUAUGGUAAACAUACAAUACAAUGUCCGGUAAUUUUCAAUUAUUGUUAGAAAUAGAAGAAAACUGGACACUGAAAAUAAACAUACAAGAAGUGAAUUUAUUGACCAUCUUGUUGGCUAUGUUGUGUGCCACGAAAGCCGGAGACUUGAGCAAGUUCUGGUGGUUGAAUUUUCUGUACCACUGAUCAUGUGUUGUUUGUGCCUACUGCACUAAGGGUCACCUAAACAGGGUAUUACAGGUUGAAUUGGUAACAGGGUAUUUACAAUCAA